AUGACUACAGCCCACCAAGAUGAGGCCGCAGACCCUAAGCUGUUCCUCAAGAAAAUCCUCUCGGCAGUUUUCUAUGCAGUAGCCUCAUUUAUGAUAACAGUAGUCAACAAAACAGUGUUGACCACCUACAAGUUUCCCUCGUUUCAAGUGUUGGGUAUCGGCCAAAUGGCAGCAACCAUCGUAGUACUUUUUUUAGCAAAGAAGCUUAGAAUAGUGAGUUUUCCUAGUUUCGAUUUGAGUACGCCAAGUAAAAUCUUCCCAUUGCCACUUAUCUAUAUUGGGAAUAUGAUUUUUGGACUUGGAGGCACCAAGGAAUUGUCAUUACCAAUGUUCACAGCUCUUAGGAGAUUCUCAAUUUUAAUGACAAUGAUUUUGGAGCUGUAUAUUCUAAGCAUUAGGCCUGCUUUUAGUGUACAAUUUAGUGUUUACAUGAUGGUAGGAGGUGCAGUGCUAGCAGCUAGUGACGAUUUAGCCUUUAAUUUGCAAGGCUAUAUUUUUGUUUUGUUGAAUGACUUUUUUACUGCUAUUAAUGGGGUGUAUACUAAGAAGAAGCUAGAUUCCAAAGAAUUAGGCAAAUAUGGACUGAUGUAUUACAAUUCGUUGUUUAUGAUUAUACCAGCUUUAUUUUCAGCUUUUUAUAGUGGUGAUUUAGAGGCUGCUAAUAAUUAUGAAGGCUGGCAAGAUCCUAUAUUUUUGGUUCAAUUUGUUUUGUCCUGUGUAAUGGGAUUUGUUUUAAUGUACAGCAUAAUUUUAUGUACUAUGUAUAAUUCAGCUUUAACAACAACCAUUAUUGGUUGUCUUAAAAACAUUUGUGUAACUUAUCUUGGAAUGAUGAUAGGGGGAGACUAUGUUUUUUCAAUGCUUAACUUUGUAGGGCUAAAUAUUAGCGUUUUAGGUAGUUUGGUUUAUACUUAUGUAACGUUUAGGAAAAAGGAGCCUGCAGGUGGUAAUUAUGCUCCAUUGAAUAAUGAAAAAUCUAGCGGAAUUGUAUAG